GAAAACUGGCGUCAGGAUCAAAGAACAGUUGAUAGUCUUCGUGAUUUCACUCCUCUUAUUAAGCAGUGGAAUAAAGAUGUGUUUGGUAAUAUCCAUCAUAAGAAGAACAGGUUGAUUGGUAGGCUUGAAGGUAUCCAGAGGGCAAUUUCUGAGCAGAAUAAAAGCCAUUUGGAAAAGAUUGAAGGCAAGAUAAGGGGUGAACUUGAACAAAAGGAGCAGUUGAAAGAUGAUGCUGGAAACUUGAUUAGAGAAGAUCACAACAUUGCACGGGUAAUAAAUGCUUACUUCUCUAAACUAUUUUCUGAAGAAAACCAUGAUCGUCCUUGGGUCCAGACUCUUUGGCCAAAGGUGGACGAUGAGACUGUUGUUAACUUAGGUGCUCCAAUUUCAAAAGAUGAAGUCAGACGAGCUUUCUUUUCUAUGAAAGAUUCGAAAGCUCCAGGGGAGGAUGGCUAUACCGCGGCAUUCUACAAAAAGAACUGGGAAUUUAUUGGUGAACAGAUUUGGAGAGAUAUCAAGUAUUAUGCAGAAAACCCUUCCAGCAUUGAGGAAGUCAACGGUACUCUGAUCACUUUGAUCCCCAAAGUUCCUAAGCCAAUGUAUGUUUCUCAAUUCAGACCUAUUUCUUUGUGUAAUGUCAUUUAUAAGGGUAUGAGCAAGAUCAUUGUGGAUAGGCUUAAGCUUACAAUGGAGAAUUUAGUUUCUCCUUACCAAGCUAGCUUCGUGCCAAAUCGUCAGCUUCAAGAUAAUAUUAUAGUAGCAAAGGAGCUGGUUCAUUCUAUGGGGAGAGUAAAAGGAAAGAAAGACUAUGGAGCUAUCAAGGAUAGGAUACGUUCAAAACUGGAUGGUUGGAAAAGCCAUUGCCUUUCUUUUGCUGGUCGAGUUACUUUGGUGAAAUCGGUCAUUGCUGCAAUCCCUUCUUUCCAUAUGCAGAAUGGUCUUUUACCAGUAACGUUUUGUGAUGAAAUUGAGCAGAUACAAAGGGCUUUCAUUUGGGGAGAUCAGGAUAGCAGAAGGCGGGCUCAUUUAGUAGCUUGGGAUCAAAUGUAUAAACCCAAAGUUAGAGGUGGUUUGGGAAUAAUUAACCUUCGACUCCAAAAUGAAGCUUAUAUUCAUAAACUGGCGUGGAAGGUGUUAACUAAGAAAGAUGAUUUAUGGGUUAAGAUUUUAGUAGCCAAGUAUGGUAGAGGUCAAGACUUAAGGAGAGGUAUAAAGGCAAAAUCAUAUGACUCUAAACUUUGGCGUGAUCUUGCUAAAUGUUGGAGUAAUUUCCUUGCUGGUCUUAGAUGGGAAAUAGCAGAUGGUUCUGAAGUAAAGCUUUGGACUGAUAACUGGUUGGGAUGGGAGGAAAAUUUGCAGCAGUUGUCGAGCAAUCAGGUGCCGUGGGAGGAGAGUCAGAAAUCAAUUGCAGAUUACAUGGUGGAUGAUGGUUUCCGUCUUGAAGUUGAUCAUCAAUUUCUGGAGUCAGAUUUGGCUGAUGCAGUAACAAAUCAUCUCAGGCUUAUUCCAAGGAAUGGGGAGGAUAGAUUAGUUUGGAUCAAUAAUCAUCACUCAACUUCUUUGGUUAAGGGUCUUCAUGUGAUGACUCUUUUUCAGCUUCAGUUGCUAAGAGAGGCAAGCAGACAUCUAAGCCACUCCGUUGCUUCACAAUCACAUAUUUAUUCCAUGCAACCGUACCAACUUUUCUCUCCGUUUUUGUUACGAUUGUAA